AGUGAUUUACUGGUAGCAUGUGGCUCGAAAGGGGGAUUUUCCAGCGAUGCACGACAAGAUAGUUAGCAGAAGGUGGUGACUGAGCAGCUGCAGACCGAGGUGACGUUGAACAGCAAUGAAAUGUGGAGCUGAGUGUAGAGACGUGAGAUGUGACUCUUGUGCUUGAGUUGAGUGCUGUUCAAAGAAGAAGAAAUUAUGGAGAAACUUUUGUUUUGUCUGGUUUUUGUUCUCUGUCUAAGCGGUACACUCCAAAAGAAAGGGAAACGUAAGAACGACUCUGAGCCUUUACUGCCUGUGCCCAGAACAUUUCUCGGAGACAUUGAGACUCAGCCCCCUCUUGUCCUAAACGGGACACAAGCUCCCAUUUCAACUCUGCUGUUACUAAGCAACAGCACAGCAGGCUACCUCAAAGGCACUCUGAGCACGAGGGUCAUCCCCAUUAUUUAUAUGUUUGUCGUGGCUUUCGGGGUCCCAGCCAAUGUCGCCAUUCUGUGCACUUUGGCCACUAAAAUUAGGAAGGUGUCCUCGGCCAUCCUCUACUGCAGCCUGGCUGUCUCCGACCUCUUCCUCCUCCUCUCCCUCUUCUUCAAGGCUCACUACCAUCUCCAUGGAAACCACUGGGAGCUCGGAGAGGCUGCCUGUCGAGUGGUCACGGCUUGUUUCUAUGGCAACCUCUACUGCUCAGCCCAGACGCUGGCCUGUAUCAGCAUCAAGCGCUACCUGGCUGUAGUGCACCCGUUCAUGUACAAAAGUCUUCCCAAGAGGAUGUGCACUGCCUGGGUCAGCUUGGCCAUAUGGGGGGUGUUUGGUGCCGCUGUCGUCCCUGAGCUCCUCGUCCAGCAGACCUAUUUGCUCUCUAAACUGGGCCAAAUCACCUGCCAUGACGUAUUGCCUCUGCACUACAGCUCCCAUAACUUCCUGCUCUACUACAACCUCUUACUAACCAUCUUAGGCCUCCUGGUGCCGCUGGUGGUCACGGUUGUGUGCUACGCCCGGAUCAUCUGUGAGCUCAACCAGUCACACCUCGACUGGACGAUGUACAUCAAGGCCAGCUCACUGGUGUUUGUCAUCUUCCUGGUGUGUUUUACCCCUGCUGGACUCCUGCACUUCCUCCAUUACAUGCAACUGUCAUUGAACGGAACAGAGAGUUUGUACGUGUACUUUAAUGUGGCAGUGUGUUUGUGCUGCCUCCAUGCCUGUCUGGACCCCUUCCUCUUCAUCUUCAUGUCAAAGUCUGCAGGCUCCACGCUUUACUUCAGGCCCUUUAAGAGCAAGACUGUAAGCAUAUCGAUCUGAGACAGAUCUCCAUGUUACCAAAACUGGUUCUGAUUUUGUCUCUGAUGAGGAGGAAAUGGUCUCUUUGGCUGGAAUCCAAAGAGAAAGUGGAGUAUAUGUUCUCCACAGGUUGAAUAAAUAUUUUUAUGUAGCAAUACAGUUCUUCUUAUGUGCAAGAGAAGGAAUGAUGUAAACAUAUGUGUUAAUGUAUAUAAAAGAUGAAAGGAAAGUAUAUUCAUUUUGAAAUAGUUUAUGAUUAUUGUUUAUAUUUUUACAACAGUCUGUGUUGUUAUAGUUGUUAUAUAUAUUUGAAUUAUGUGCAGUUUGGAGGAAAAACUAACACAAAAAUGACAUUAUUCUGAGUUUUAAGUCUUCCUUUAGAGGCAAAUUGUCCUUGAAAUCAGUAUAGCUGACAAGGAAUGAUGUGAAACAAACUGACUUUGGAGAAUUAGUCACCCAGGCUUUUUGUGUAUUAAUAAUAGUCAUAUAUGGAGCUAUAAUAUAUGUUGAUUAAAGCAUAAACUUAA